UUAUUCCAGUAACAGACGGUACAUCUACUUAUACCCUAAUUAGCACAAUUAAAUUGCUAUAAAAUAUAACAAAAGAAAACAAAUGCUUCAUGCAACGAUUCAGCCUCACACACUGUAAACGUACUGUAAACCACGUGGGCGUGUCCUAGAGUAUAUGGGCGUGCAAUUCAGUAUCAGGGCGUGUCUUAAAUAGGGACCAAGUCUGGACAAGACCCGCGCAAUAGUGGAGUGAAAACACUGAAAUACGAGGUGAGAGAGAAUAUAUUUAAACAUUUCAAACAUCACCGUAAUCGUGGAUUAAUAUCCCAGUUUGAGUAUUUCCACAGAUGUCAGGUGCAUCGUUUCUUUUCAAGCGCGUGCGUUGUUGUGUCACGUGAAAGUGGUCAUGGAGCAGGAAAGAGACUGGGACGGCAUCAGCGACUCUGAACUCCUGGAUAUUCAGUCAGAACAUUUCUGCAUCGAAGAAUCCUCUCAGACACCCAGUUCCAGUGCCACCAGUGGUGACACUCAGAAUGAUCAUUCCAUCACUUUCACACCAUCACUGUUCAACACUGUGGAGAAGUUAAAGCAGAGUCCUGCUAAGAGAAAUGAGGAGACGGGUGUGAAGAGGAAGAGAGAUGCUAAGGACGGCUGUAUCCCUCUGCGCUUCGGGAAGCUUCACCUGACUGUCAGCCUGCUGUCGGAGCAGACCUGGUGUGAGAAGAAAGUUGUGUAUGGCUUCCUGAAACCCCAGAUCAAGAAAAAAGAUAAACAGCGAAUUGAGGUGAAGACCGGUGCAAGCAUUCAUCUAGCAAGAGAGUUGGAGGUCCAUGAUGUCGUACAGAUUAAUAUCCAAAGCCAUGAGGAUGCUGUGGCCAUUAGUCUGAUCAGCAUGUUAAAUAUGAUUCCGUUGUUAGAGACAGGGCAGUGUGUGCGUGAGCUUCCAGUAUUCGGUGUAGUAGAAGGAGUUUACAUUAAGGGCGUCAUUGAUGAGCUGAGUUAUAACCAGAAGGGGGAGCUGGUGUUGAAAGAUCUGAAGACUCGCAAGCAGGACUCUCUGCCUGGUGAUUCCCAGGCUUUCGGCCAUCGCUUUCAGGUGGGCUUGUAUAAGCUUCUGUUUGAUGCACUGGUCAGGGGGGAAGUGAAGAAAGAGCACGUUCUGGAGCACCUCAAACUCAGAGCCUACCAGGCUCUUGGAGCUGAAGUCAUAACGCACGCUACAAACGUCGGGAUAAAUGUAGUCACUUUUGGCGAACUGCUGGAUGCUUUCCUCCUCACUUUGUCCUGUUCUGAUCUGCCAUGCAUCGACGUGCUCCAGUUGGAAUACUGUCACCAGGGCUCUAGUAACAUAAUUGGCACCGUGUUGGUGCAGUUUGACGAGUCCCAGCUGAGGGCAGAGCUUCGUGGAUACCUGGAAUACUGGAGAGGACAGAGAGAGCCCAAGGGGGUGGAUAUAGAAGAGGCCUGGAAAUGCACAUCGUGUGUCUAUGAGGAGAUCUGUGACUGGAGAAAGAAUAGAUCUCAGGUCCUUGAGAGUCUUCACACCAGGAUGAGAGUCAACAUGAACUGACAUGAAGUUAUAUGUUUCAAUCAGUUAUGCUAAUGGAAUUAACCUAUGUCCAUGACUAAUCAUCAUAACCAUGUCUUUUAUAUUUUUAUUGAGUUUGAAAUAAAAAAUAAAAUAAAAUAAAAAAAUAUAUAUAAUAUUAUAUAUAUAAUAUAUAUAUUCCUAGUAAGCAUAAACUGUUAAUACUAAAUAUUUUUUUACAAUUACAUCAUUCACAUAAAAAUAUAAUGUAGUGAUGUUUUUUAAAAGAUUUUUUGAAAAGAUUGAUGAGAGAGAAACUAAGUCUGUUAAACCAUUUUAAUGUAUGUAUGGCACAAUCUAAAGUUGAUCUGACUAAUCAUGACAAAUAAAACCAGUCUUAUUUAACAAA